CCCACCCCGCAGGCUCCCAGAAAUUUCAGAGCAGAGGCCAUAGUCAGCCUUGGGAGCUCCUGCCUGGUGGGGUCAUGAACGGGUGGCUACUGUGGCUGGGCUUCCUACUUCCCAUGACAGUCAUAGGCCGGGCUCUAGGGCCUGCAGAGGAGGCAGCAGUGGACUACCUUUUGCAAUAUGGGUACCUACAGAAGCCUCUAGAAGGACCUGAUAACUUCAGGUUAGAAGAUAUCAUGGAGGCUCUGAGAGUUUUUCAGGAAGUAUCUGAGCUUCCAGUCUCAGGUCAGUUGGAUGAUGCCACAAGGGCCCGCAUGAGGCAGCCCCGUUGUGGUCUGGAGGACCCCUUCAACCAGAAGACCCUUAAAUACCUGCUGUUGGGCCGCUGGAGAAAGAAGCACCUGACCUUCCGCAUCUUGAACCUACCUUCCACCCUCCCACCCCACACAGCCCGGGCAGCCCUGCUUCAAGCCUUCCAGUACUGGAGCAAUGUGGCUCCCCUGACCUUCCGAGAGGUGCAGGCUGGCUGGGCUGACAUUCGCCUUUCCUUCCAUGGCCGCCAAAGCCCAUAUUGCUCUAACAGCUUUGAUGGACCUGGGAGGGUCCUGGCCCAUGCUGACAUCCCAGAGCUGGGCAGCGUGCACUUUGAUGAAGAUGAGCUCUGGACUGAGAGGACCUACAAGGGGGUGAACCUUCGCAUCAUUGCAGCCCACGAACUGGGCCAUGCCCUGGGGCUUGGGCAUUCUCGAUACACCCAAGCCCUCAUGGCCCCUGUCUACUCUGGCUACCGGCCCCACUUCAAGUUGCACUCAGACGAUGUGGCAGGGAUCCAGGCUCUCUAUGGCAAGAAGAGCUCCGAUACAGGGGAUGAGGAAGAAGAGACGGAGCUUCUCACUGUACCCCAAGUGCCCACAGAACCCAGUCCCAUGCCAGACCCUUGCAGUGGUGAACUGGAUGCCAUAAUGCUGGGGCCCCAUGGGAAGACCUAUGCCUUCAAGGGGAGCUACGUGUGGACUGUGACAGAUUCAGGGCUGGGUCCCCUGUUCCAAGUGUCUGCUCUUUGGGAAGGGCUCCCAGGAAACCUGGAUGCUGCUGUCUACUCUCCUCGAACACAAUGGAUUUACUUCUUUAAGGGAGACAAGGUGUGGCGCUACGUUAAUUUCAAGCUGUCUCCUGGCUUCCCCAAGAAGUUGAAUAGGGUAGAACCCAACUUGGAUGCAGCUCUCUAUUGGCCAGUCAACCAAAAGGUGUUCCUCUUUAAGGGCUCCGGGUACUGGCAGUGGGAUGAGCUGGCCCGAAAUGACUUCAGCCACUACCCCAAACCUAUCAAGGGGCUGUUUACAGGAGUAACAGAUCAACUCUCAGCUGCUAUGAGUUGGCAGGAUGGCCACGUCUACUUCUUCAAGGGCAAACAGUACUGGUACCUCAACCGGCAGCUUCGAGUAGAGAAGGGUUAUCCCAGAGAUACUGCCCACAACUGGAUGCACUGUCGUCCCAAAAUCCCAGAUACUACCCCCUCCGGUGGAGACACCACUCCCUCAGCCACAGGCCCUGACCACUCAGUCACAGGAACAACCUUGGACACCACUUCCGCGAUCAUAGAUACCACCUUGGAUACCGACCACUCAAAGACACGAUCUUAGAUAUGACCCCCUCAGCCACAGGCAACACCCUUUCAUUCCCUGGUAAUGUCACCCUCCCAGAGAACUAAGACCUCAACCUAAUGUCUAUUCACUGUACUGCAGGUGCUGCAGCAGGGGCAUGGACCAUAGACCUAAAUGUCCCAGCUCUAGCCACCAUUUUCCUGUGCUCUGGGUCAGCCCUCAACUCUAUCCAUUCUUCCCACCCCAGAUAACACUUUCCAACUGUGUUAUCUACUAUCUGGAAGACAGUGAUAGAGGGAAGGUGUCAAUCAGGCCUGAUAGGAGGCAACAGCUGGGAAGCAGAGUGCUUGGGUCCUUUUCUUUAUGGAUAAAAUUCAAGAAAACAGCAUGGCCAGUAAAAUGACAAGGAUUUUGGAAUCCUUGAGAAUCAUAUUUGUUGGUCUAUGACUUGAGCAAGUUACUUAACCUCGUUGAGCUUCAGAGUCUCUAUC